AUGACCACCGUUAAGAAUGCUCCCUUUACCGGGGUCAAUGAGGACCCGAUGCCGCUGGACUCGGACAUCCCUGCAGCGGGCACCGAGAACCAGGACCAACAGGACGGUGUUCGAGUCGCUGAGGCAGUGACUGCCUCCUGGUCCAAGAAAUCCCUCAUCAUAACAUAUGCCUCUAUGUGGAUGCUAUACUUUGUCAAUCGCCUAAACAACAACCUAACCUCCAACCUUUCGGCGUAUAUCACAAGUGAUUUCUCGAAACACUCGCUGCUGACAGUCAUCAGCGUUGUGACCAGUGUGAUGGGUGCUGCAUGUGUGAUGCCAAUUGCAAAGGUUCUAAAUCUGUGGGACCGUACUCUUGGAAUCUCCAUCAUGGUUUUGAUUGCCAUCAUGGGUCUUAUUAUGGUGGCCGGCUGUCACAAUAUCACAACGUAUUGUGCCGCGCAGGAGUUAGCCAAGCGAAAGGCAGAUAAGGACGGUCAAUUGCAGUAUAAGCCUCGUAGCACUCGGACAUGGUGGCAGAGUGUAUGGUUCUAUAUCAUCGAGUUUGACAUCAUCGGUAUCUUCUUGAUGAUCGGCGGAUUGAUCCUCUUCCUCCCCUCUGUCAACAUUGCCGGAAACACCAAAGGAGAGUGGAAAUCCGCUAAGAUAAUUGCCAUGAUGGUAGUCGGGUUUUGUGUCCUUGCUGUAUUCGUUGCCUAUGAGCGCUGGGGCGCACCGAAACCAUUUAUUCGUUUCUCGCUACUCUCGAAUCGGACUGUUAUCGGUGCUUGUCUGUUGGAUAUCACAUAUCAAGUUUCCUACUACUGCUGGGCCAGCUACUUUACCUCUUUCCUACAGGUGGUCUUCAACACAAGCCUCACCCAGGCGGGUUACAUCAGCGCGAUUUUCGACUUGAUGGACCCCAUCUGGCUUAUUGGCUGUGGCUACCUCAUCCGAGUCACUGGCCGGUUCAAGUGGCUGCUCAUGUUUGCCGUUCCACUCUACCUGCUAGCCAGUGGCUUGAUGAUCUAUUUCCGCGCCCCCGGUCACAGUGUCGGGUACAUGUGCACGUGCCAGAUCAUCCUGGCUGUCGGUGGCGGCACUAUGAUCUUGAUCGAACAGGCUGCUGUCCUGGCAGCUGCCAAGAAUGAAGACUAUGCCUCUAUGCCGGCGCUGCUCAGUGUAUUUGGCAAUGUGGGCGGUGCUGUGGGCAGUAGUGUAUCUGGUGCCAUUUGGACCAACACACUUCCGAAGAAGUUGCGCGAGUUGUUACCGACGGAAACAAAGGACCAGUGGGCGGAUAUUUACGAGUCCCUGGAUGCUCAGCUUAGUUAUCCCGUGGGCUCGCCUACUCGCACCGCCAUUCAAAACGCGUAUGCGUUCAGCCAACGGAACAUGAUGAUUGCCGGAACCGCUGUGGUGGGCCUGUCCAUUGAUUGGGUUUUGAUGAUGAGAAACAUCAAGGUGAAGGACAACAAGAAUGUAACACAGGUUCUAUUCUAG